AGUCAAAUAUGUAACUCACGUUUAUAAAAAAGCUUGUUAUUUAUACUCAAAUUUUACAUAGGCCCUACAUGACUUAGAGAAAUUAUAGUACAAGAAAGUCAUUAAAGAGAUAAGAAAUUCUGCCAAGCAAUUUAUUCAUCUGAUUCAAAUUCAUACAAUGAAUCCUGAAAUGACUUGCAUCGAAAAAUCCUUCUCUAACAUGACAAUGGAGAGCAAGACUGAAGUUCAAAAAAUAGAAUGGAAAGAAAAUGGUGAUUUUCUGACAAAUGCCAUCAACAAGUCCGUGGUAGAACUAAAGGUUGGCAGCCCUGACCACAGCGCUCUUGGUUCAUCUGCUGUUGUCACCAAAAGCAUCACUGACUACCCGUUCAUGAUGCCCAGCCAUAGCUGCUCUGGAGUAGCCAUCCACUGCUCUCGGCAGUACAUUGCUUAUGCCAUCAACAAAGCCAACUCCAGUGAAGAAAUAGGAGGUGUUGGCAUGGUGCGGGUUAUGCAUUCUGCCAAUGGUAAGCGUGGACUCAUUCGAGAGAUAAAAGGUCUUGUGAUGGACAUGUCAUUUGCUUGGAUGCAAGGCUUGAUGCUGUUAGCCUUCACUGACACCAGUGGGUCUUUCAGUGUGUAUCAGAUCACAUCUUCUGAUCAGGAUCAACAGUUGAGCUUGAGGAAGGUCUUAGAAGUGUCGGAUCCCCCAGCAAAGAGCCAGUUCAUUUACAACUUGUCUAGUGGAAAUGAAGAAGCUCUGAACCAAGUGUCCUGGUGUCGCUACAUCCCUGAGAAUCCUGCUGAGCGACUGUCUACCAAUAACAUCCCAUCUCAUUUACUUGCAGUGGCUACAGGAAGAGUGGUUGAACUAUGGCUUCUGCACCACUUGUGUGGAGGCCCUGGAAUAAGCGUCCGGCGUAGUAUAGCAUCAGAAAUUGCUGCUACCAAGGCUCUCAAGUUGCGGAUUGUGUGCAAUGCUAACGUGACGGCCGUGUCUCUGAGCCCUGACAGUACCUGUGUGGCUGUCGCUACUUGCCAAGGCAAUAUAUUAUUCUUUCAAGCUGAUGUUUUAUUAGACAUUGAUGGAGCUGAGGAGAGUUCUUCACUGACGGUGCCAGAGCAGAGCGAAGGCGACUGUGUGCAUGACUGGCAGCCUCAUGACGGAGCUGCCGUGUCCUGCCUCCUCUUCCUGGAUGAUCACACUCCUGCUGUUCAUGAUGAUCCUGCUGGCUCCUUCUGGGCGUUUGCCCUCACCGGCGCCCACAACAACACGGAACUUAAGAUUUGGAGCUGCAAAACGUGGGAUUGUUUACAGGUGUUACGGCUGCUGGUUCCUUCACCGGCGUGUGAUAAGAUGCUUCACUCUGCUUCGGCACCCCCCUUCCCCCGCCCUCCUUCAGUAACUAGUCGCAGUGCCUCGCUAUCUCCCUCCCUCACCACGCCCUCCGCUGCCUUCAGGAGCCCUCACCUGCUGCUCGCUGCUGACGACUCCACCAACUGCAUCAUGCUUGCUGACCAGAACAGAAAGGUGUUGUAUGCCCUGCUGCUGGACCACACCAAAGCCUUGACCAGCGACGCUCCCUGCAACCUGAACGGUGAAACCUCACGCGAUUCCAGAAGUGGUUGCAAUGAAAGAGAAACUGGAAAUUCUACAUCAGGCGACCAGGUCAUAAAACGCAUUGUUUCCAUAUCUGAAAUCCCUGUGCAAUUCGUGCCAUUUUGCAUGACAGUGAUUUCGGCCAAGAUGAAGACCUACCAGCGCUGGAAGCAUCACUCGCAGCUGGAUGCAGCUAACAAUGAUGGUGAUGUGGGCACUAACGGUGACGAAGCCAUGGUGCGUGGGCUGGUGGUGCACUCCAACGUUCUUACCAACAAAAGUCUAAUGCAGUGCUCCAUACGCCUUCAACCCGCCCUUCCUCCCUCUCAUCACUUCGCUGAUGCGGCCGUCUUCAAGAAAUACGCUCCUAUCUUCUCGGAGUCUGAACUGUGCUGUCCGCCUCUCCCGUCCAGUCGUGACGUUUCCAUGGAUUGCUCUGACACGUCCUCGUUCAAUGCUUCGUCUGUCUGUUUAAAAGACGGCCUGUCAGAUUUGAACAUAUUGCUCCCUGGUGCUGCAUCGAGUGAUGCAGAAGCUUCUGCCAACGGUGUUAGUGACGCAGCCGUCAGCCACCCAUCCGUGGUCAAACAUGAGAUCCCUCUAGGUGCGCUGCUGCCACCUCACCACUUCAUGACACCUUCUGCAGCGCCUGCUGCGAGUGCUGCCGACCCUCAAACUCUGCUCGCCUCCGCCACAGCCAAACUGCCUGCUCCUCUCGCUGUGUCACCGCCGCUCGACGAAUCCAUGGACAACAAACCGAACGCAGCGCUGGCGGCUCUGCUCAUGUGCCCAGAUACGCGACAAGUGAGCGCCCUCAUCACGGGCGCCUUACCUUCAGCCGUCACGCCCCCCAGACACAUCAUUGAUCCGCCCAGUGAACUAUCGCCCUCGUCUAUAAUGGCUUCGCUCCUCGGAAUUGAACAAUCACCUCGAGACGCCAGCACUCCUAAGGUUCCUCCUGGUAUUAUCAACCCGACGAAGUUGACCGCCUCUGACCCCGCCGUGGGUUCCAUGGGCCCUGUUGCUAGUAAUGGACUUCCUCUCGCCUCAGCUUUAGGUGCGUCAGGACUCCAGAGUCAAGCCGUUGCUAAUGCCGGUGCCAAUGCCCGGCUCACUGAUGCAGUGGUCAGUAGUGCCUAUCCAGCUACUCAGUUCAUCGAUCCUGCAGUGAGUGCUGCGAGUUUACUGGCUGGACUUUCCAUUUCGAAUCCUGCAGUUCGCCUUGCCAUAAGCGAAGCUUCCUUCAUUCCUGGCUCGUCAGUGCGCAGUUCAUCGGUGCCGUUGAACUAUGCUGCUGCUGGCUGCAGCUCAACGUCAUCUCCUUCACUUGAGAUACAACAAAUACUCCAACAAAACGAUGGGAAGAGCUCGUGCUCGAGCAGUGAGAGCAAUAGCCGCGGCCCGACGCAGCUGGAGGUGGCAGAGGAAGACUCGCACCUGCCGAGCGCCUGUGAAGAAGAUCAGCCCGAGGCUCUGCGUGAGGUUGCAUCCACCAGCACUGGAUGCGUUGUUCCAUCUUCUGUUGCUGAAGUAAUCUCUGCUACCUUCCUCGCUGCUACUGGUGGCUCUCCUGUCAUUACAUCUAAUGCUGACUGCACAGAACAGCAAACAACUGCUCCAGCCUCUAUUGCGCCUGUCUCCCUCUCCAGCUACGUGAACAUUAAUGCCUCUGCCGACAGUGCAAGUUGUGAAUCAGCUGCCGUUCCUGCUGGCUUAACAUCACCGAAUAGAUCUAGGGCUGGCGAACAAAUAAUCAAAAUUUCACGAAGUUUACCUGCCAUGUGCCCAUCCGAAGAAGAACUACAGCGUCAGGCCGUUCGUAGCGUUCACCAUAAGCUUCUGGAAGAAGAGUACAAAAAGGAACGACAGCUCGAAUCCAAUAAAAGCGCAGAACAACAUCAAUAUCCUAUCGUGCAUGACAGGAAUCUUUGUAAGGAUGAUACUUUGCCACCUUCUUCUAGUGAUCCUUAUAGCGCGGUUUUGCGAGCAUUUGUUGGUGGAAACUACGACAGCAGCGACCAGCUUGCUAAUGUUGGGUCUCCCGCAGCUCUCCGUGACAUGCCGGUGGGUGUAGAGCGCGGCGUGCACCUCACGUGCGAGCAGAUCGAGGCGCGCAUCAAAGGGAGCCCCGAGCCCUGCAUGAACGGCGCGCCGCCCCCAGCACCAGAGCCCCCCUCAGAUCACUCCAGGACCACGCCUUCAGCUGAGCACACGUUACCUCAGGCCCUCAAUUGCGACCUUCAUAUCGGCAAACGCGACGCGUCUGACAGGAAUAAGUCUUCAGAUACCAGCACGCUGAGUGUGGGGGUACAGGCUGUGCCGCUGCUCUCCCCUCCUCCCACGGUCGUCUGUAAACAUCCCGCCAACAGUGCGACGGAGCUGCGCGAGUUGCGGUCUCUGCUUCACUCGAUGCAGCAACAGAUCAACAAACUCAACAAAAAGGUUGACGAGCUGAGCAGCAACAAGAGCCUCAGCCCCCAGGCGGUGAGCGGCGCCCUCAGGCCUGCCAUCGAGACCGCCCUGCGCUCUGAGAUCAAACAGACUGUGCCUGCGUGCGUGUCGAAGGCCGUAGAGAACGCAGUCAACCAGAAGUUGUCCCAGGAGCUGCAGCGCUUGGUGGGUGCCACCGAAGUGCGUCUUUCCGACAACAUCUCUAAGAUGGUCCAUUCCAGGAACUUUAGCCAAGCAAUCGGUGAGAGCGUGGCUGGCGCUGUGUCAUCCUGCGUCACGGCGUCGUGUAAAGAUGCUUACGCGAAGCUCGUCUUGCCGGGCCUCAACUCAGUCACGGCCAGAACCCUGCAACAGUUCAAUGACCUCUUCCACAAGGGCACCUCCGAGUAUCUAGUGCAGGUCAAGAACGAAGUGUCAGGCGUGAUGGCUUGCAUGGAGAGCAGCAAGACCAGUUCAGUGCGAGAGAUGGAGGCUGCCAAGAACAACAUGACAACCAUCAUGAAGUUGUUGCAGGAACAAAUGCAGCAACAGCAAGCAGCCCUUCAGCUCAUCACAAAGCAAGUUCUCACAGAGGCGGUGGUGCGACGCAUCGUUUCCGAGGAGGUGACCCGGGCCCUUUUAAAUCUCCCUCCUUCAGUCGCGUCCUCGCCCAGCCCCUUCUAUGGCCCCGACAAAGCUCAAAGUCCUAAACAGACGCAGCUGCAGCUCGAACAACUCAUCGCUGCUAAACAAUUCAACUCCGCUUUCAAACAGGCGCUGUCAGCGAACGACCUGAGUCAGGUGUUGUUUGUGUGCGAGCGCGUCAACAGAGAAAGCUUGAUGGCGGCGGGCAACAGCAAGCUCUCGCAGGAGGUGCUCAUGUCACUAAUCAACCAACUCUCGCACGACCUCGGCCAGAAAACCGAUCUUAAAAUGAAAUUUUUAGAAGACGCAAUGCUGUGCAUCGACACCUCUCAUCCUGUGACUCGUGACCACAUCUGCUCGGUGGCGUCGUGUCUGCAGCGCAACCUCCAGAUGUACCUGGACACGAACCCGCCCCUGCAGACGCAGAACCGCUUCCGUAUGUUGCUUCUGGCGGCCACACACCACGCUACCACCUCAGUCUGAUCCCACCACCAUAGUUUACUCUCAGCAACGUACCUUAUUCUAUUAUAAGUUUUGAUUCCCCUUAAACUUGGUUGUGAGCCUGACCUGGUUUGAAACUUUAAAUCAAUGGAGACAUUUGCUGCUUCAUGUCUCAUUCGGACCGACUCUUGACCCCUAUACGAGCUCUCGGGGACAUAGUCUCGGAUUCAAAUUUGUAAAUUAAUGCGAAUGCUUUUCUAUUUUCCAGUUCCGUUCGUUGAUUUUCAUUGUGGUCUUUUAUCGAGCGAGGUAUAAAGAUUUAAGUAGUAAUUAUUUUUACGACAAGUCAUACAUGGCAGCUUCAAUUACUGAUUAACUUCAUUUUCACACUUUUGGAGAUUAUGAAAUUUGUUCUCAACAAAUCAUGCUCUGUCAGUCAGCUUCCACACGUGUGAUGGAAAUAGUCUUUUUCAUGCCGAAUAUAAGAUCUUGAAAUAUUUAUUGCUGACGAGCAAUAUGAAAUAAAGACUUCAGCUGUUGCGACACUUAUGUGUUGUAAAUAUAAUCAACUCCGUUGGUUUUCUGUAUUCUAAAGGUGCGACCCAUCAAAAGGGCGUUAACAUUUUGUUGACAUUCAAUCCUCAUUUUUUAUGAAGGUACUGAAUAUUUUGAAUUUAUCAUUUACAAUAUUUUCGUUCGAUAAUCUUGGACUGUGCUGGAGACGAUUGUUUGAAAUGCCGCUUUCCUCCAAGUUUUUUCCACGAUUUACUGUUGGUAUAACCAUGGACCUGCUCAUGGUUGUUAUAAGCUUAAUUGUACGUUAUAAACGCAAAUUAACAAGCGAUUAUUUUGUUCUGGCCAUUACCAUUUACUCUUGCCUAGUGAAAAGUUGGAUGGUGUUGCUUGGUUGUACACUCGCGCAAAUGAGCUGUGGUGAAAUCUUCCUUGGUUUUCAGGAAAGGGAGUUGAGUGUUAUGAACCUUUAGUUGAACGACGUUCAACCAAUCGACGGCCUCCACUACGCUAGUACUCUUAAAAUUUUUUGAAAUGCACGCUUUUUUGCAUCUCACGGAUCCAUGCUCGCUACACGCGAAAGUGUUUCACCAACCCUAGUAAGAUGGUGUAUCGAUUUGUAUAUUUUAGAAAUGGGAAGAAAAAGUGACGAUUAAAA